AUGAAGCCAAUGAAGAAGGCUUGCACUGGCCUUUCAGGUCCUGGCAGCGGCAGCAAGUCCCCACCAGCCACCAGGGCCAAAGCUCUGAGGCGGCGAGGGGCUGGGGAGGGUGACAAACCAGAGGAGGAGGAUGAUGAGGCGCAGCAGCAACAGCAGCAGCAGCAGCCUGGGCCAGAAGACGCUGAAGAGGCUGAGGAGGAGGAAGCUGAGCGGGGCCCCGAGCCUGAGGGCCCACCCCCGGAGCUACACCCUGGUGACCCAACCCCAGGCCCUGCUGAGGACCCCAAGGGGGACGGGGAGGCAGGCCGCUGGGAACCCUCACUCAGCCGUAAGACAGCCACAUUCAAGUCUCGGGCGCCCAAGAAGAAGUAUGUGGAGGAGCAUGGGGCUGGCAGCGGUGGGGUGGCUGGGGCCCCUGAAGAACGGGUGCGGACCCCUGAGGAGGCCAGUGCCCUGGGUGUGCCUCCACGGCCACCCACCUCCGCCCGCUCCUCCUCCACUGACACAGCCAGCGAGCACUCAGCGGACUUGGAGGAUGAGCCGGCCGAGGCUUGUGGUCCAGGCCCCUGGCCCCCCGGUAGCACCAGUGGUGGCUAUGACUUGCGGCAGCUGCGGUCCCAGCGGGUGCUGGCUCGGCGUGGUGAUGGCCUAUUCCUGCCAGCUGUGGUACGCCAGGUGCGCCGAAGCCAGGAUCUGGGUGUGCAGUUCUCUGGUGACCGGGCCCUGACUUUCUACGAGGGGGUGCCAGCAGGCAGUGGUGUGGAUGUGGUUUUGGAUGCCAUACCGCCACCAGGUGCGCUGGUGGUAGGCACAGCUGUCUGUACCUGUGUGGAGCCUGGUGUGGCUGCAUACCGGGAGGGUGUGGUGGUGGAGGUGGCCACCAAGCCAGCUGCCUACAAAGUCCGUCUCAGUCCUGGCCUCAGCUCCCAGCCAGGCCCACCAGGUAGCCUACCACAGCCCCCACAGCCACUGCACCGUGAGCCUGAAGAGGCCGUAUGGGUGGCCCGCUCCAGCCUGCGCCUGCUGCGGCCUCCCUGGGAGCCUGAGGCCCUGCUGAGGAAGCCCCCCACAGGCCCUGAGGAAGAGCAGGCUGAGCCUGGGGCCACCCUGCCACCCUGCCCUGUUGCCCUGGACCCCAAGCAGCCUGAGGAUGCUGAGGUCUCCAAGAUCAGCUUUGGUGGCAACCUGGGUGCUCACUGUGAGGAGGGUGAGGAGAAGCACCCACCAGCCCUGGGCACCCCGGCCCUGCUACCACUGCCUCCACCCCAGCUCCUGUCACCGCCACCCAAGUCCCCAGCCUUUGUGGGACCUGGCCGCCCUGGUGAGCAGCCUUCGCCCUGCCAGGAGGGGAGCCAGGGUGGCAGCCGUAGCAGCAGCGUGGCCUCACUGGAGAAGGGGGCUGCGCCAGCAGCCCGGGCCCGCACACCACUGACAGCUGCCCAGCAGAAGUAUAAGAAAGGCGAUGUGGUCUGCACACCUAAUGGAAUCCGAAAGAAGUUCAACGGCAAGCAAUGGCGACGGCUGUGCUCACGAGAUGGCUGCAUGAAGGAGUCACAGCGGCGGGGCUACUGCUCGCGCCACCUAUCCAUGCGAACCAAAGAGAUGGAGGGCCUGGCGGAGAGUGGGCCUGGUGGAGCAGGGCGGCCGGCUGGUGUGGCAACCCGUGAGGGCAGCACCGAAUUUGACUGGGGUGAUGAGACAUCGCGCGACAGUGAGGCCAGCAGCGUAGCAGCCCGUGGAGACUCACGGCCACGCCUGGUGGCCCCCGCUGACUUGUCACGCUUUGAGUUUGACGAGUGUGAGGCGGCUGUGAUGCUGGUGUCAUUGGGCAGCUCACGCUCGGGCACACCCUCCUUCUCGCCCGUGUCUACACAGUCGCCCUUCUCACCAGCUCCAUCACCCUCACCCUCACCUCUCUUUGGCUUCCGCCCCGCCAACUUCAGCCCCAUCAAUGCCUCGCCGGUCAUCCAGCGCACCGCAGUUCGCAGUCGCCACCUGAGUGCCAGCACCCCUAAGGCAGGUGUGCUGACACCACCAGACCUAGGCCCCCACCCACCGCCACCUGCCCCCAGAGAGCGCCAUUCCUCUGGCAUCCUACCUACCUUCCAGACCAACUUGACCUUUACCGUGCCCAUCAGCCCCGGGCGGCGGAAGACAGAGCUGUUGCAGCACCCAGGGGCCUUGGGGGCCCCUGGCACAGGGGGUGGAGGAGCCGCCCCAGACUUCCCUAAGAGCGACAGCUUAGACUCUGGUGUGGACUCGGUGUCCCACACGCCUACACCCUCCACACCGGCUGGCUUCCGGGCUGUGUCACCUGCCGUGCCCUUCUCUCGUUCCCGCCAGCCUUCACCAUUGCUGCUGUUGCCUCCACCUGCUGGUCUGACCUCGGAUCCGGGGCCUUCUGUGCGCAGGGUGCCUGCCGUACAGCGGGACUCACCUGUUAUUGUCCGCAACCCUGAUGUGCCACUACCCUCCAAAUUUCCUGGGGAGGUGGGCACUGCUGGUGAGGCACGGCCUGGGGGACCUGGGCGGGGCUGCCGUGAGACCCCAGUCCCCCCUGGGGUUGCCAGUGGGAAGCCUGGCCUGCCCCCACCUCUGCCAGCCCCUGUGCCCAUCACCGUGCCUCCAGCUGCACCAACUGCCGUUGCCCAGCCGAUGCCCACCUUUGGCUUGGCUUCUUCACCCUUCCAGCCUGUGGCCUUCCACCCCUCACCUGCUGCUCUGUUGCCCGUCCUGGUGCCCAGCAGCUAUAGCAGCCAUCCUGCCCCCAAGAAGGAAGUCAUCAUGGGCCGACCUGGAACAG